GGAUCGUCGAACCCGUCACCAUGGGUUCCUUCAAAACCAACUCGGCGUUCCUCAUUCCCUUUCUCCUUCCUCUUCAUUUCCUUCUUCAUCAAUCAAUUCAUCAUCAUCAAACAAAACUCACAAAACCACAAUUUAUUUAUUUAUUUUUUUGUUGAAGAACCCAGUGCCCUGGGUUCAAUCAAACCCGGUGCUGGGUUCGCUCUUCCUUUCCUUCUUCAUCAAUCAAUUCAUCAUCGUCAUCAUCAAACAACACCCACAAAAACACAGAAAUUUUUUAUUUAUUUUUUUGUUGAAGAACCUAGUGCCAUCGAACCCAGCACCGGGUUUGAAGGAACCCAAAGCUUGGGAUCGUCGAACCCAGGCAAUGGGUUCCUUCGAACCUAGCUGGGUUCGUCCUACCCAACGCAUGGGUUCGUCGAACCAGGCGAUCUGGGUUCGUCGCCUGGGCUUGGGUUCGACGAACCCAGGCGAACCCAGAUCGUCGCCUGGGUUCAUCGCCUGGGCUUGGGUUCGUCGAACCCAGGUCCAAACGACGAAUCCAGGCAACGAUCUGGGUUCACCUGGGUUCGUCGAACCUAAGCCCAAGCAACAAACCCAGGCGAUCUGGGUGCCUGGGUUCGACGAACCCAGCUGGGUUCCUUGGAACCUAGAGCUUGGGUUCGUCGAAUCCAGCGCUAGGUUCCUUGAACCCAGAGCCUGGGUUCCGAGGAACCCAGCGCCGACUGCUGGGUUUCUGAGGGGGGAAGGGUAAAGAGAAAGGGGAAGAGAAGGGGAAAGAGAAGAAAAAAGAAAAAAAAAAA